UUUAAAUACGAAUCUCUACAAUAGUCUUUUUGGUCAUAUUUUCUGAAUUUUUUUAGUUCAAGUCCAUAUUUUUCUUGUUUUUUCAAUCGACUGAACCAAAAUUUUUAUCCAAAACAAAAAAUUUCUGAACACUAAUAGUAGUACCAACUAUAUUUCAAAUACUCCCACCAUUCCAAAUUGCUGGCCCCAUACAACAUGUACAAUUGUGAGAUCAAAUCAUCAAGAAACGAAAUAUCGUUGUGCAUGGUUUUUGAAACUAUUUUACACCAAAUUAAAGAAUCUAUGAAGUACUUUAAUUUGGUGCAAGUAGAUCCAAAAAAUGAACCACAAGAUCGAGUACUUUAUUUUUAUAUCUUAAUAAAAUCUCACAUCAUUUCGUGGGAGAAAGCAAUGUAAAACGGCCGGAGUAUAUAAUUUAGUCCAAAACCAUCCUUGCCUCUAAAAUCCGUUUCUUCUUCGCUUCUCAUCACACUAAAACAACCGUCCAACGGCCCACGACAGCCGGCCAACCAUCCCACCCAACUGACCCCAGUUGUUGACCUGCAACACUAUGCCCUCUCUUUCUCUCUCCUCCCAUUUCACAUCUCUCUCCUCCCCUCUUAUAUGCAAGUGUACAUGCCAGAAGGAUUGCUACCAUCUAAAAGAUAUACCAUUCAUCAACAUAUUUCCAAUUUCGUUGCAUUCAUAUAUAUAUUUGUCAACUGCAAUUUACUACCCAAAUCUUAUUGCAUGAAUUUGUAAGUUUUUACUAACAUAGUAUUUCAAAGGUUUCUUGUAAGUAAAUGUUUGACAAUUAAUAUUCUACCUAAAGUUGCAUUAUAUGCAUACGUGUCAAUAUCAUGGAAUAGAGCUGAACUUUGAAAUGGAGAAACACCAAGAGGAAAUCUUUCUAUCUUGGCCGGCAUGUACAUACAUAUAUAUGUAUGUGUAGAGAGAGAGAGAGAGAGAGAGAGAGAGAGAGAGAGAGAGAGAGAGAGGAGCUAUAUAAUUGCGUGAUAUUCUUUCACCUAGUCCACCAAAAUCCAGCUGGGAUUUACCAGAGAGAGAGAGAGAGAGAGAGAGAGAGAGAGAGAGAGAGAGAGAGAGGAGAUAUAUAUUGUAUUGGUCGUUAAGCAGGGAUGUGGUGGUGGUGGUUUGCCUUACUGGCGGUGAUCGGCGGCUGCCGUGGAGGAGAGGUUACGUAUGACAGAAGAUCGCUGAUAAUCAAUGGGCAGCCAAAGAUUCUAUUUUCUGGAUCCAUUCACUACCCUCGAAGCACUCCUGAUAUGUGGCCAUCUUUGAUCAGCAAAGCCAAAAGAGGAGGACUAGAUGUCAUACAAACCUACGUGUUUUGGAAUCUCCAUGAGCCCCGACGCGGACAGUAUGAUUUCAGUGGAAGACGUGACAUUGUAAGUUUCAUCAAACAAAUUCAAGCACAAGGCCUCUAUGCAAGUCUCAGGAUCGGACCCUACGUGGAAAGUGAAUGGAGCUAUGGAGGUCUGCCAUUUUGGCUACAUGACAUACCGGGUAUAGUAUAUCGAUCAGACAAUGAACCCUUCAAGUUUUACAUGCAAAACUUCACGACGAUGAUCGUGAACAUGAUGAAAUCUGAAGGGCUAUAUGCUUCCCAAGGAGGGCCAAUCAUACUGUCACAGAUUGAGAACGAGUACCAAAAUAUAGAAAGGGCAUUUCACGAGAGAGGACCGCCUUACGUUCGUUGGGCAGCAAAAAUGGCCGUGGGACUAAAAACUGGCGUGCCUUGGACUAUGUGCAAGCAAGAUGAUGCUCCUAAUCCUGUGAUCAAUACGUGCAAUGGGAUGAAAUGCGGACAAACAUUUGUGGGACCAAACUCGCCGAAUAAGCCAUCCAUAUGGAGUGAGAACUGGACAACAUUCUAUCAACUAUAUGGUAAGAAUACAAGAACGAGGUCACCUGAGGACAUUGCCUAUCAAGUUGCCUUAUUCAUUUCAAAGAAGUAUGGGAGCUUUGUCAAUUACUACAUGUAUCAUGGAGGAACAAAUUUUGGGAGAACAGCCUCUGCUUAUGUACCAACAAGUUAUUAUGGUCUAGCUCCUCUUGAUGAGUAUGGCUUAAUUCAGCAACCAAAGUGGGGUCAUCUGAAAGAUUUACAUGCUGCAAUAAAACUAUGUUCAGAGCCUUUACUUCGGGGAACACCAACUUCAUCAUGUUUGGGUGAACAACAAGAGGCUGUUGUCUUUCAAACAAAAUCGGGAGGAUGUGCAGCCUUCCUGAUGAACAAUGACAGCAAAACGGACACAUUGGUUGUGUUUCAAAAUGUAACAUAUGGAUUACCUCCGAGUUCGAUCAGCAUCUUCCCUGACUGCAAGAACGUAGCCUUCAAUACUGCCAAGGUAACCACACAAUACAAUAACAGAUCAACAGUACCAGUCACCAAGUUAAAUACAGCCAAAAGAUGGAAACAAUUUACAGAGGCUGUCCCCAAUUUUGGUGAUACCUCAUUGAGGUCGGAUACAUUAUUGGAGCAAAUGAAUACCACAAAAGAUGCAUCUGAUUAUCUGUGGUACACGUUCCGGUUUCAGCGAAAUUCUUCUUCUGAUGAUCAGCCUAUGCUCAAUGUGACCUCUCUUGCACACGUUUUGCAUGUAUUUGUCAACGGACUACUCGUAGGAUCAGCCCAUGGAACUCCUACUUCAAGUAUUACCCUGGAGACCAAAGUUUCCUUGAACAACGGAAUCAACAAUGUCUCCUUACUGAGCGUGAUGGUUGGAUUACCGGAUUCAGGGCCAUUUCUUGAACAUAGAACAGCUGGAUUACGCAGAGUGAGGAUCUUAUUGAAUCAAGAUAUUAUAGAUUUCACUAAUUAUUCAUGGGGCUACCAGGUUGGAUUGCUCGGAGAGAAACUACAAGUUUACACAGACAAUGGACUGAGCAAAGUUCAAUGGAGUACAUUAAGCUCUUCAACUCAGCCACCCUUAUGGUACAAGACUAAAUUUGAUGCGCCAGGAGGUACUGACCCCGUGGUAUUAUACCUUGGCUCCAUGGGGAAAGGUGAAGCUUGGGUUAACGGCCAAAGUAUAGGGAGAUAUUGGGUAUCAUUCACUGAACCUGCAGGGAAUCCUACACAGACAUGGUACAAUGUACCACGAUCUUUUCUUAAACCUGUAGGCAAUCUAUUAGUUUUACUGGAUGAAGAAUAUGGAAACCCUCUUGACAUUGUCAUUGGCACCACUAGGAUCACAAAAGUAUGUGGGCAUGUGUCUGAUAGUCAUCCACCUUCAGUCACAUCAUGGAAGGGACACUACCCCUUUAGUAAGAAGUACAAAAAGUAUCGAGGCAAGAGGCCAAAAGUUCAACUUUAUUGUCCAAGAAAAACGAAAAUUUCGGGGAUUAUUUUUGCAAGCCUUGGAACCCCUUGUGGUGAUUGUGGAAGUUAUGCUAUCGGGAGCUGUCACUCAUCUAAUUCAAGAGCCAUCGUGGAGAAGGCUUGUCUAGGGAAGACGAAAUGUUCCAUUCCUCAAUCAUACCAAAUUUUUGGUGGUGACCCAUGUCCAGGCAUCCCCAAAGCUCUGUUGGUUGACGCACAGUGCGAAUAACCAUGUUCAAUUCAUGCCAUUUAUUCGAAGAAUUUAUAGCCAAAAAAAAGGGUAACAAAAGCUUAAUUUAGCAAGUCAUUCAUAUAUGUAAGUCAUCUAUUCAUGGUGUCAGAUUGAUGAUUAGAAAUUAAAUAAAACAUACUCCCUCCGUCCACUUUUUAAAGUUCAAUAUUCUAUUUUGGGUUGUCUCUUAAUAAGUGUCCAUUUUAUAAAGUUAGUAGGUAAAAAUUGGUAUAUUUUUCAUUUUGCCCCUAAAAGUAGAUUUCAUUUUGAAAAAUUAGUGAGUACCCCAUAGAGGGCAAAUAGGCAAAAUGGAGAUAAAAGUUGAUGUGAAAUGUGUAAUGAUGAUGUUUUCUUAAUAAGUUGGAGUUACGAAACGGGAUAUUUAAAAAGGGACGGAGGGAGUAGUAGAGAUCAUUUUCAUGAUCUCAGCAAUUCUACUUAACUGUUAGACAAGUUUGUUGACAAUAUGAGAUUUAGAUCUCUUCUAUUUGAUAUAGAGAUAUAUAUUCGAAACAUUUACUUUUAUUUACGAUUGGCCCACAAAAAUUACAUUGAAAUGCUAAAAAAAAAGUAGUUAAGUAGAUAUCUAUUCAUACUCAUUCUUCCUAAUUUUUUAUCCUUGUACUUUUUGGGAUUAUUUACUUUUCGUAAUUUGUUGUUUGGAUUUUCGUCAUAAUUCUUGGGGGAGGAAUUAGAAAACAAUAAAAAUAUGAACCUAAGUUGAAAAAAGUUCGAAUAGAACGACACUAAAGACAAAAAGAUCACUUGUUUCAAAUAUGAACCUAAGUUGAAAAAAGUUCGAAUAGAACGACACUAAAGACAAAAAGAUCACUUGUUUCAAAUUUCUUCUGUCUUUAGUGAUAUUUUUUCUUUUGAUCGUAAUUUUUUACUUUUCAAUCUCCUCUCAUCAGAAUGAUUAAUUCAAAAAAAACAACGUGAAUCCACAAAAAUUUAAGAGGAAUGAAUAAAUUACCAAAACAAAAAAUUAAGGAAGUUUUUUUUAAGGAAGUUACAGUUGCUUUUUUUGUCAUCUAUCUUCAUCUUUUAUUCUACAUUGGAGAGAGAGAGGACUAAAAAUUUGGUCUUUGGAGACGAAUUGAAAUCGUCACAUAAUGCAUGUUUUUUGUUGCCAAUAGUAUAUAGGUGACGAAAUUAGUUUUGCCAUCUAUAUAGGUUGUCUCCGAAAGUUACCUGGUGAAAAAAAUCUUGUUUCGUCACCAAUAUAAGUAAUCGGUAAUGAAAUUUUUUGUCUCAAAAGACAUUUUUAUAUGGGAAAA